AUGAUUCGCAAACAAGCACGCCAAAGGCGGGAUUACCUGUACCGACGAGCGGUUCUUCUGCGGGAUGCCGAAAUCAGCGAGAAACGAGCUAAGCUGAGAGCCUCUCUCGCUUCGGGAAAGCCAUUGGACCCGACAAUCGCCAAUGACAAGUCCCUGAGGAAAGAUUACCAAUAUGAUGAAUCACGAGACCUUACUACGAACGAGCAGCUGGACUUGGACGACGAGUAUGCGCAACUAUCCGGUAUCGUUGACCCUCGAGUUCUCGUAACGACUUCUCGCGACCCCUCGGCCAGAUUAUCAGCCUUCGCAAAGGAAAUCAGACUUCUUCUGCCAACUUCAAUCCGAAUGAACCGUGGUAACCUCAUCUUACCCGAUCUCGUCAAGUCUGCCCAGUCUGCAGGCCUAUCCGACAUGCUUCUGCUUCACGAGCAUCGUGGUACACCAACGGCCUUGACAAUUUCCCACUUCCCCCACGGACCGACAGUUUCAUUCUCCCUACACAACGUUGUGCUCCGUCACGAUAUUCCUGGUAGCGUUCGAGGAACCGUGUCAGAGUCGUAUCCUCACCUCAUCUUCGAUGGCUUCACUACUCGCUUGGGAGAGCGAGUCGCUAAAGUCCUAAAGCACUUGUUCCCACCCAGAGAGCCAAUUACUAGCAAGAGCAAGAUUGGCAACCGAGUGGUGACAUUCAAGAAUAUCGACGACAGCAUUGAAGUCAGACACCACGUUUUCGUACGGACAGGCUACGAUAGCGUUGAGCUUGCUGAGGUUGGCCCCCGAAUGACGAUGAGAAUAUUCGAGAUCCGUGGCGGUACUCUUGAGAAUAAGGACGGGGAUGUUGAGUGGCAUCUAUCUCAAUACACACGAACGUCCAAGAAGAAGAAUUAUCUUUAA